AUGGUCAUGAUGGAUGCAGAUGAAGAAGCCACAAGAGAUGCAGAAAACAUUGAUGAACUCGUCGUCACUGCACAAGAAUCGACCAAUGGUGAGGUGGAGAUGGACGGAUCAGAAACGGUACCGGUGGAGGUUCUUGAUGAAGAAGAAGAACGAAGAGGUGAUGUGAAAGAUGAUUUGGUUAGAGAGAUCAUAUCCGGUAUUGAGUUUUUGAAUCAGAUUAAAGAUUAUCGACGAACACAACAGAAAGAAUGUUUUAACCUCGUUAGGAGAUUGAAGAUUCUUGUCCCAUUUGUGGAAGAGAUCAAAGGUUACGAAUCUCCUUCGUUAGAAAGCUGCAGGCAUUUUCUGUACCGUUUGAGGAAAGUGAUUUUGUCUGCAAGAAAAUUGUUGGACACUUGCAACAAUGGCAGCAAAAUCUUUCUGGCAUUGGAUAGCGAAACAAUAAUGACGAGAUUUCAUUCUAUCUAUGAAAAGUUGAAUCGUGUUCUUGUUAAAACUCCUUAUGAUGAAUUAAGGAUUUCUGAUGACGUAAAAGAUGAGAUUGAUUCAUUGUGUAAACAACUGAAGAGAGCAAAGAGAAGGACAGACACACAAGACAUAGAGCUAGCAGUAGACAUGAUGGUUGUCUUCUCAAAAACCGAUCCUCGUAACUCCGACAGCGCCAUAAUAGAAAGGCUAGCGAAAAAGCUCGAGCUACAAACAGUGGAGGAUCUCAAGACAGAAACCAAAACCAUAACAAAACUAAUCCAAGAAAAAGGAGUGUUGAGCUUAGAGACUAAACAACAUGUCAUUGAGCUUCUCAACAAGUUCAAAAAGCUUCAAGGCAUUGAAGCCACCGACAUUCUCUACGAACCCGUCACCAAUAAUAAAUCAUUCACCAAGUCCACAUCUCUAAUAUUACCUCACGAGUUCUUGUGUCCCAUCACACUCGAGAUCAUGCUUGAACCUGUUAUCAUCGCCACUGGACAGACAUAUGAGAAGGAGAGUAUACAGAAAUGGUUUGACGCUGGGCACAAGACAUGUCCAAAAACCCAAACAACACUAGAUCAUCUCUCUCUUGCACCAAACUAUGCACUAAAGAACUUAAUCUUGCAAUGGUGUGAGAAGAACAGUUUCAAGAUUCCAGAGAAAGAAGUCUCUUCCCACUCGGAAAACGACUUGGAGGAGCAGAAAGAUGAAGUGUCUUUGCUAGUGGAAGCAUUAUCUUCAACCCACUUAGAAGAACAGAGAAAGUCAGUCAAGCAAAUGCGUCUCAUGGCAAGAGAAAACCCCGAGAACCGAGUUUUGAUAGCUAACGCAGGAGGCAUUCCUCUCCUGGUGCAACUCCUCUCUUACCCUGAUUCAGGGAUCCAAGAAAAUGCUGUAACGACUUUGUUGAACUUAUCUAUCGACGAGAUCAACAAGAAACUCAUCUCAAACGAAGGAGCCAUUCCAAGCAUCAUCGAGAUCCUUCAAAGCGGGAACAGAGAGGCGAGAGAGAACUCUGCCGCGGCUUUGUUUAGUUUGUCAAUGCUCGACGAGAACAAAGUAACGAUCGGUUUGUCUAAUGGGAUACCUCCACUGGUGGAGUUGCUUCAAAAUGGGACGUCAAGAGGGAAGAAAGAUGCACUCACUGCGCUCUUUAACUUAUCUCUCAACUCAGCUAACAAAGGGAGAGCCAUUGAUGCUGGUAUUGUUCAGCCUUUGCUACAGCUUCUGAAAGAUAGAAACUUAGGGAUGAUCGAUGAGGCGCUUUCGAUACUUUUGCUUCUUGCUUCGCAUCCUGAAGGACGUCAAGCUAUUGGACAGCUCUCGUUCAUUGAAACACUUGUGGAGUUUAUCAGAGAAGGGACACCAAAGAAUAAAGAGUGUGCUACUUCGGUACUGCUUGAGCUUGGUUCUAACAACUCGUCUUUUAUACUUGCUGCGCUUCAGUUUGGUGUCUAUGAGUAUCUUGUAGAGAUAACGACCUCUGGAACAAACAGAGCUCAAAGGAAAGCUAAUGCACUUAUACAACUUAUAAGCAAAUCUGAACAGAUUUAG